UUUCCUUUUCAACGCGACCAACGUCGAGGUCGCUGGCUUUGGCUUAGUUGAAGUCACCAGCUUCGUUCCUCCGGUCCCUCUUCUCUCCAAACACGUCUCCAUGAGUCUGAGAGUCCCUCUUCUGACGGCGCUGACGCAGGACUACUCGCUGACCGGAGUUCACGAUGGAACGCCCACGGAGGCGGCGGGGACGGGCCAACUCAAGUUCACCAACUUCGACCUGAAGGUGGAUUUCAAGGCGGACUCCUACUCCCUCGACCCCAUGUCCGUGUGCAUGCAGCCGGGCUCCUUCUCCAUCGACCUCGGCGUCGAGAGCAUCGAGAGCAACCUGGAGGGCGCGGGCGAGGUCAACGACGACAUCAACACGGAGGGCCCGGCGCUCCUGGAGGGCGUCGAGGCGCAGAUCAACGCCAGGUCGGACGACAUCGAGCAGCUCGUCAACGGUGCUCUCUGCGUUCAGCUGGAGUACCGCGACUGAAGCGCUGCAAGUGGGACACGGUUAAUUUCCCCCGAGCCGCUUUCAGCAAAUGACCCCGAACGAAUCCCCUUAUCGACAUCGCUUUUCUCGCCUGGGGCGUUACCAUGAACCUCGAAGGCACGGCGUGUUAUGGUGUUGGCUGGACUAGACGGCAAGGAAUGCUUCGCACGGCCUUCUCUUGGCUGUCUUGUAAUAAAUAAAUGCUGCUAAGGCG